UUCAGUCGGACGCAGCAUCUCCCUCUGAAAUGUUGGACAUACUGAAUCUGUGGUUUGUUCUCUAUCUUCUUAGCCUCAGCUUUAUUCAAGGGCGUUCUGUCGGCGGUGGCACGGGAAACUUAAGGGAGGAGUUUUUGGUACCUCAGCCUGAUCCCACAAUCUUUGCCCACAAUCAGACUGAUAAGGAGAUGCCCUGGGGCAGUUAAAUACAUAAAUAUUUUAUAUUUUUCAUUAAUAUAUAAUAUAAAUACAUACCUACCUACUCAGAUGAG